GCGACCUCCAGCGACGUAAGCAGAAGAUGGAUGUGGCGGCUGAUCAGCCCCGCUGGAUGCACCCUCACGCCGUGCUGAACGGCCAGCACCCGGACACGCACCAUCCCAGCCUGGGCCACAACUACAUGGAGCCGUCCACCCAGCUGCUGCCCCCGGACGAGGUGGAUGUCUUCUUUAACCACCUGGACUCUCAGGGAAACCCGUACUACCACAACCCUGCCAGGGCCAGAGUGUACAGCCAGGCGCACGCUCGCCUGACGGGGACUCAGGUGUGCCGGCCUCAUCUCAUCCACAGCCCCGGGAUCUCAUGGCUGGACGGGAGCAAAGCGGCUCUGUCGGCCCACCACCACAACGCGUGGGCCGUGAGCCCCUUCAGCAAGCCUAGCCUGCACCACCCGGGCUCCGCGUCCCCCGGAGGCCUGUCGGCGGUCUAUCCGUGCAGCGGCACGUCGAACGCGGCCUCUGCAAGCUCGCUCACGCCGCCGUCCCACUCCAGUCCGCACCUGUACACUUUCCCCCCGACGCCGCCCAAGGACGUCUCGCCAGACCCGGGGGCCACCUCGCCGAGAAUGGACGAGAAGGAAUGUAUCAAAUACCACGUUUCAUUUUCUGAGGGGAUGAAGAUGGAGGGUUCGAGCUCGAUGAGAAGCAGUCUGGCCCCCAUGGGCGCUCAGAGCGCCGCCACCCACCACCCCAUACCGACGUAUCCUACCUACUCGCUGCCUUCGGCUCACGAAUACGGUGGCAGUCUCUUUCACCCGGGCAGCCUCCUCGGGGCUUCCACCGGCUUCAGCACCAAGGGCAAAGGCAAGACUCGGUCCUGCACCGAGGGCCGAGAGUGUGUGAACUGCGGCGCCACAUCCACGCCUUUGUGGAGACGGGACAGCACCGGACACUACCUGUGCAAUGCCUGCGGGCUGUACCACAAGAUGAACGGCCAGAACCGACCACUCAUCAAGCCCAAACGCAGACUGUCUUCAGCCAGACGAGCAGGCACCUGUUGCGCCAACUGUCAGACGACCACCACAACGCUCUGGCGGCGCAACGCUAAUGGAGAUCCAGUGUGCAACGCCUGCGGCCUCUAUUACAAGCUGCAUAAUGUGAACCGCCCCCUGACCAUGAAAAAAGAAGGAAUACAGACACGAAACAGGAAAAUGUCCAGCAAGUCCAAAAAGGUCAAGCGAAGCAGCGAGAGUUACGAGGAGUUUACCAAGAGUCUCCAUGACAAGAACUCUAGUUUCAGCUCCCUGGCAGGACACAUGUCCAUGAGCCACUUGGGCCCUUUCAGCCAUGCCGGACACAUGCUGCCCACUCCCACCCCGAUACACCCUUCCUUUGGCCACCCGCACCACUCCAACAUGGUGACGGCCAUGGGCUGAGGCGGGUCACGUUGGACGACACACUAUGUAAAGACAUUUGAGUGAUUCUGAUUGAUUAUGCAAACGGUAUGAAAUAAGGCCAACCUCGAGGUACCUAACUCUUAACGGAGGCAGACAGACAUACUUCCUGUCGGCCCGAUAGAAAACACACACACACGCAAACACGCACGGUAAAAGAAAAAAAAAAUAUGUCAAAGCUUCUGACUUCAACGGAUUGACAACAUGACAGCAUUGUGGUUCAGUUGGUGCGGAUAUGUUUAUAGUAACUGUGAAUAUUGUAUAGAAGAAGGUGAUGAACUUUGUUACAUUACAUUAAAAAUAAAUGCUGGAA